AUGCACUCAUCAGGAGUUUUUGGGGUCACUGGGACAGAAUCUUCCGAUGAAAAGUUUAACUCCAACCAAAAUACAGUCGAUCCCAAGCUACGAAAGCGUAUGAAGGCAUUCGUUGACAACUAUCUUCGUGUAGAUGGUGUUUUCAUGAUCCACAUGCUAACAGUUAACUUCGGCGAUGUGGUGACGGCUGAGAUUGUUGGACUUCUAUGGUACUCCUGGAUACGCUGCUAUUCUGGACAUUCCGAAUGGAACCUACUAAAUGAUAAUACCUCAGACGAUGAGUUCAAUGUUGAUGCAGUACCCAAGAGCAACGAGCAAAUGUCCAAUGGCCUUCCAUUGACGAACUCUGAUUUGGAAGUAACCAAGCGUUUGAUAGAGCCGCCAAUUGCUGAACACAACUUCGUUAACCGUGCAUCAUAA